UACAGCAAUACAGCGGCGACACCGCAGUGCACUUCCCGCCAAAGACCUCCUGCGAGUCGCACGGUUUCACGGCGCCAACUGAUGCUCCAGCCCAAUAGCCAGGGUCAUGGGAGCUACUUCGAGGCGUUCAAGCGUCGAAGCAAUGUGACCCUCGACGCUGCACAGAGAGACAAAAUGCUCACGGAUCGAGGUGCUUAUCUCAACUUCCUCGAGAUUCAGCUUGAGAGAGUGUCGGCGGCAUGCAUCACGAGCCAGCACUUCGGAAGUAGAAUUGACGCCGCCACUGCCAAGGCCACAGCCGCGGAAGAGAAGGUAAUGAGCGCCACCAAGCUUGUCCGCCUGGCGCAGACGUACAGCGAAGAGCAGGGAAAGGAGCAAGGGAGGAUCAAUGACGCCAUGGAAAUACGGCUCGAGAGCCUGGAGCAACAGAUCGACGCCGUAAGCGCCGCCGUGGACGACGCUGCUAUGGCACAAUCUAACGAUUUAAACGUCGGUACCUGUAUGGGCGAUGAUGGUAUUACCUCCGCCAGACACCCCCCCGUCUAUCCGCCGGGCCUUCAUGAAAUCAACACGGCCGGUCUCUCAGAGUGGAUGACAGGAGUAGAUAAGCAACUAGAAGAUCUGCGGAAUCUCGUCUCCGCCCAGAUUACAACAGGCAGUGGCAGCAGCAGCGGCGAAGGAGGGGGAGACGGCGGGUCGAAGGCUGCAGCAGCAAUUGGUAGCUCGCCGCGGUCGGAGGAUGACAUGGAGGAGGCAACAGCAGUCCCAGAGACCAAAACGGCAGCGGCAGCGACCGCAAGGGAUGAGUGCGCUAGAAUCGAAGAACGUGUACGUCGUCUUGAAGAGGCUAUAGGAGAGACGAGCCCGGGCGCGGGGCACAGCGGCGGAGACUCUUCGCUGCUGUCGCCGGCUACAACAGUGGUCGACCAACACGACCGUGGCCGUCGUCUAGAGCGCUGUGCCGAGCUUGCCCGCGAAGGGCUUACCCGCAGUCGCAGUGCAAGCCGCAGUCCGGUCCGUCGCAGCCCGUCCGCACCACCACCGGCGACGGAGAUCGUGGCGGCGCCUCUUGCCAGCGAUGCUGGCACUCUAACGGUGGAAGCCGGCAAAGAUGCCUUGCUGGGAGCCGUGGAAGAUGGUGCCGCUGUUGCGCGGAGGGCCAGCGAGGUGGCGGAAGAGGCACUCAAAGCUGGGAGAGAGGCGAUCGAGCGGUCCGAGAGGACCGAGAACCUGGCGAAGACCAUCGCCGUGAGAUCGUUCAAGCUCGCAAAGGAGAGGCACGAGGAAGUCACCACUGUCCUCGAUCGUUUGGGUGAUGAUAUUUGCAGAAAGGGUGACCGCAUCGUUCGUUGCCGUCCGAGGUCGGCGGGGGAAUCUCUGGUAGACGGCGCCGACUCCGCGAGACCGGCAGGCACGAGCGGGAUGACGCCGUCCGCUGGUGCGGCUGGGGGCCGCCGAGGCCGCUGCAGGCGCGCCGUUUCCGCCACCCCUGAAGAGCGUCGUCGUUCGGCGAAGGCGCGCAGGGGGGACGCUCGCGGGUUCGGCCGGCAAGCGCUGCACGAUGUCGAGAGGGCUACGGAGGAGCUUGCUGUUGCCCAAGACCCCGGCGGCGGUGACACCGGCGCCCAUCGCUCCGUGCGCGAGAUACUGGAAAUCCUUGAGAACUCCUCGUUCGCCGACAGCGACAACGGAAGGAGAAUAGCUCUGGGCGCCGCUCGCACGGCGCUCGAGUCGAUCCUGAGGGAGGCCUCCCCGGGACCGCCGCCGGACCGUGGGAUUGGGCGGCGGCCGCGCGCGGCGCAGGCAAGGCCGGGGGCUGUCCUCGCUGGAGACGGAGGAAAUGAAGGACGGAAAACCGAUGAGCUGCGAGAAGCGAUCCGGGGGGCCGUGACCAUCCUCUCUGGUAUCGGUGGUGGCGGUCCAAACGUGCAGGGAAAAGAAGACACCCGGCAGCGUCAUCCUUCUCGGUGCUCGCGGCUCGGCAGGAGACCCGGGUCCCGCCUACCAAAGUCGCGGGAUCGCCUCCCAACGACGCCGCCGCCUCGGAGGUGCCGUGACGGCAAGCGGCACGCGGAGAGCUACUGGGUUCCUCCGGGAAGUAUCCCUUGCAAGGUUGGGGAGCGACGUGGAGGGUUGACGCACCACGUCCGGGUUCCUGUAGAAGUUUCCGGCGACGAGGGGGGGGACGAAGUCGGGGCGGUUGCUGAUGUCGUCAGUAAGCGGUGACCCGGCCCCCCUCGUGGGCUGUGUGUGUAAUGGUUGAUUUCUCUAGGUUCAACUUUUAUCAUUUUUUCAUCGUCGCACGAAAAGUCGAUGUUGUUCGUGCCCUCCCCGAGGAUCGACUUGGAGCCCUUGGCGUUUGGGUCCCGUCAACACAUGGAUUGCGCCGAAGAGGUUGUUCAAUAUAGUGUCUGAUAGUUAGCAUGCAAUGCUGUCCAAAGAGAUUAGUCAACAAGCAAGCGAGCCUUAACCAGGGUCUUCAGGGAUUUGCAAUGUGUGCGUGUCAAUACGUUUACACUGAAGAACGGUCCGACUCGUGUGCAGGCAGUGACAACGCGGUAAAUUCAU